UUCUCCUCACCUCGUUUCACCCUCAGAGCUCGAAACACGCAGAUUCUCAAGAAGUUGAUAAAAAACAUAAAUGUUUGAAGUUGGACGAAGCUGAAGACUUCACAGGUCACAAUGAAGACUCUGGUGUUUGUGUCUCUCGUGGGAUUAUUCCUCCACGACACGACGGCAGAGAUGCACUCUCUGAAGUAUUUCCUCACGGCGUCUUCUGAAGUCCCAAACUUCCCAGAGUUUGUGGCUGUUGGGAUGGUUGAUGAUAUUCAGAUAGGAUACUACGACAGUAACACCAAGAGAGUAGAACCCAAACAGGACUGGAUGAACAAAGUCACAGAAGACAAAGCUGACUUCUGGGAGUGGCAGACUGAGAGAGCUGUGUAUUACCAGCAGCUCUUCAAAGUCGACCUUGACACUUUCAAGCGACGCUUCAACCAAACUGGAGGUGUUCACAUUUACCAGGUGAUGGUAGGCUGUGAGUGGGAUGAUGAGACUGGAGAUGUUAAUGGUCAUGAACAGUAUGGUUAUGAUGGAGAAGACUUCAUAGUUCUGGACCUGAAGAAAUGGACGUAUAUCGCUGCACAACAACGGGCUGUCGUCACCAAACAGGAGUGGAAUAAUGACAAAGCUGAUUUAGAGAAUAUUAAGAACUACUUCACCAAGGAGUGUCCUGACUGGCUGAAGAAGUAUUUGAACUAUGGGAGGAGCUCUCUGAUGAGAACAGACCUCCCCACAGUGUCUCUCCUCCAGAAGACUCCCUCCUCUCGGGUCACCUGCCACGCUACAGGUUUCUACCCCAACAGAGCCAUGAUGUUCUGGAGGAAAGAUGGAGAGGAGCUUCACGAGGACGUGGACAAGGGAGAGAUCCUCCCCAACCACGACGGCUCCUUCCAGAUCAGCGCUGACCUUCAACUGCCCUCUGAUGACUGGGGGAAGUACGACUGUGUGUUUCAGCUCUCUGGUGUGAAGGAGGACAUCGUCACCAAACUGGACAAACGAGAGAUCAAGACCAACUCCGUGAAUCCCAUGAACCCCGUCAUCCCCAUCAUCGCCAUCAUCGCUGCACUUGUUCUUCUCGCUGUCAUUGGAUACAAGGUUCACAGAUGCAGAAGGAGGGGGGUGGUGUAGACGGAGCACUGAGGAAAUUCUACUUUCAAAAUCAUGCAAGUUCUCAAAAAUUACCAACCCUGCCUUAAAGCUGAUAUAUUACUGUCUGAGAGUUUGUUAAAGUGAAAUGAGACAUUCAAAGAUGCAGCAGUGUCCUUCUUUUACAUCACUGAGACUACAGGGAGACACUGAGGACCACUAUCUACGGAGAGCCUGAAGGGACAAAAUAAGAUGAGAUUAAUCGUGAUGAACUCGUUAAUGCUGACAGCUCUAAUUAUUGUGUUUUAUUUUGAUCAGAGAUCCUAAAAUGUUUGUGGGAGGUUUGAAGCUUCUCAGCUAUCCAGUUGAAAUCUUGUAUAUAAUUCCUGCUCGUGUUCAGGAACGAGGGAUGUUUUCUCUUUGAGUUUUGUGAAUAGAAGUGGAAGAUGAAUUCUCAGAAUCACUUCCUGUGUUGGGUUAAGUUAACUAGUGGUGUUGAGCUGCUGUUUCAUACCUUUGUACUGUAAAUGAUCUGUUCAAUAAAGUCCCUCAUACUCCAAA